UGUCUGUCUUGUCUGGUGAAUUUGCUUGCAAUCAUGGCUGCAUUUGGUGAAAUGGGUGUAAUGCCAGAGAUCGGGCAAGCGGUGGAGGAGCUGGACUGGCUACUCCCGACUGAUAUCCAGGCUGAGUCAAUUCCAUUAAUUCUUGGAGGAGGAGACGUUCUCAUGGCGGCAGAAACAGGCAGUGGCAAAACUGGUGCCUUCAGUAUCCCUCUGAUCCAGAUUGUGUAUGAGACCAUGAAGGACCAGCAGGAAGGGAAGAAGGGCAAGGCCACGGUCAAGACCGGGGGUGCAGUGUUCAACAAAUGGCAGAUGAACCCUUAUGACAGAAGCACAGCUUUUGCCAUUGGUGCGGACGGUCUGUGCUGUCAGAGCCGUGAGUUUAAGGAGUGGCACGGCUGCCGGUCCACACAGGGCGUCACGAAAGGGAAGUAUUACUACGAGGUGUCCUGCCAUGAUCAGGGACUGUGUCGAAUUGGCUGGUCUACAAGUCAGGCUGCACUGGACUUAGGAACUGAUAAAUAUGGAUUUGGAUUUGGAGGAACCGGGAAGAAGUCCAACAAUAAGCAGUUUGACAGCUAUGGCGAGGAGUUCACCAUGCACGACACAAUCGGCUGCUACCUGGAUCUUGAGAAAUCUCAGAUUUCCUUCUCCAAGAAUGGUAUUGACCUGGGCCUGGCUUUCACCAUCCCAGAGCAGCUGAAAGGGCAACCAUUCUUUGCUUCCUGCGUGCUCAAGAACGCUGAGCUGAAGUUUAACUUUGGAGAUGAGAGCUUCAAAUUUAAGCCAGCGGAGGGCUUUGUGGCUCUGAACCAGGCUCCUGAGGGACACGCCGUCAAAUCCACACAGACAGGGAGUGCUAAGGUGAGCCAGGUGAAGGUGAUGAAUAACGCCCCAAAGGCCAUCAUCAUCGAGCCCUCCAAGGAGCUGGCGGAGCAGACCCACCGCGUCGUCAACCAGUUCAAGAAGUACGUCGACAACCCCAAAGUUCGGGAUCUGCUGGUGAUAGGUGGAGUGGCUGCAAAGGAGCAGUUGGCAGUCUUGGAGCAGGGGGUGGAUAUUGUAGUGGGUACGCCUGGGAGAAUGGAGGAUCUUAUUUCCACAGGAAAGCUCAACCUCUCCCAAGUCCGCUUCUUUGUACUGGACGAGUGUGACGGGCUCCUGUCGGCGGGCUACACAGACUUCAUCAUGAAGAUCUACAACCAGAUCCCACAAGUCACCUCUGACGGGAAGAGACUGCAGGUGAUCGUGUGCUCGGCCACGCUGCACUCCUUUGACGUGAAGAAGCUGUCGGAGAAGAUCAUGCACUUCCCCACCUGGGUGGACCUGAAGGGGGAGGACUCGGUGCCCGAGACCGUGCACCACGUGGUGGUGCCCGUCAACCCCAAGAAGGACAACCUGUGGGAGAGACUGGGCAAGAACCACAUCAGAACUGAUGAGGUACAUGCCAAGGACAACACUAGGCCUGGAGCCAACAGUCCAGAGCUAUGGUCGGAGGCGAUUAAGAUCCUGAAGGGGGAGUAUACGGUGCGAGCCAUCAAGGAGCACAAGAUGGACCAGGCCAUCAUCUUCUGCAGGACCAAGAUAGACUGUGACAACAUGGAGCAGUACUUCAUGCAGCAGGGGGGAGGACCAGACAAGAAAGGCCACCAGUUUUCCUGUGUCUGCCUCCACGGUGACCGAAAACCAAACGAGCGCAAGAGUAAUCUGGAGAGAUUCAAGAAACAGGAAGUGAAGUUUCUGAUCUGCACAGAUGUGGCAGCCAGAGGCAUUGACAUCCACGGCGUGCCCUACGUGAUAAACGUCACCCUCCCCGAUGAGAAACAGAAUUAUGUGCACCGCAUUGGCAGAGUGGGUCGAGCAGAGAGAAUGGGCCUGGCCAUCUCUCUGGUUGCCAUGGAAAAGGAGAAGGUGUGGUACCACGUGUGUGCUAACCGAGGUAGGGGCUGCUACAACACCCGUCUAAAGGAGGAUGGAGGCUGCACCAUCUGGUACAACGAGAAGCAGCUGCUGUCAGAGAUUGAGGAGCAUCUGAACUGUGUCAUCACUCAGUGUGAGCCUGACAUCAAAGUGCCCGUGGACGAGUUUGAUGGCAAGGUGACCUAUGGACAGCGCAGGGCACUGGGAGGUGGCAGUUACAAGGGCCAUGUGGACAUCCUGGCUCCUACGGUAUCGGAGUUGGCCAGCCUGGAGAGGGAGGCCCAGACAUCCUUCCUACACCUGGGAUACCUGCCCAAUCAGCUGUUUAAAGCCUUCUAAAGCACACACACACACACACACACACACACACACAAUCAGCUGUUUAAAGCCUUCUAAAGCACAUACACACACACACACGCACACACGCAACCAGCUGUUUAAAGCCCUCUAAAGCAGUGUUUCUCAACUGGUGGGUCGCGACCCAAAAGUGGGUCGCGGAGGGGUCAUGAGUGGGUCGCGGAGCCUUGGUGUAAAAACAAAACGUAAUUCUAAAAAAAAACAAAAUCUAACUUUUCCUGCAACAAUUUAAAACUUUUAUUUUGAUAGGCUAGUGAACUCACUGUCAUCUGUCGUCAUAGAUACAAUCUGAAUGUUUAUGCGAGAUAGAUAGCGUGCAACCAGUCAUUCGAGGCUUGGUUACAUUUUGAGAAUUGCAUUGAAUUGAUUUGAACGCUAAAAACAUUGGGUCGCGACGGAAUGAGAGUGGAAAAUGGUGGGUCCCAAGACUGUUCCAGUUGAGAACCACUGUUCUAAAGCACAUACACACACACGCACACACGCAACCAGCUGUUUAAAGCCCUCUAAAGCGUGCACGCGCACACACACACACACACACACACACACACACACAGGAUACCUACCCAACCAGCUGUGUAAAGCCGUCUAUAGCACACACACACACAAACACACACACGCUCCUCAAAGCCUUCCAAGUUGCUCAACCACAAACGUACAGGCCUGUUCCAACCAGUUGUUCAAAACCUUCACACACGCGCGUGCACAUACACACAUGCGCUAUCUAAACCUUCCAAAAGUUGAUAUGAACGGCCGCACUUGUACACAGACACGCACGCACGCACGCACGCGCAGACACACACACACACACACACACAGGUUGUUUAUAACAUUGUAAACACACACUGGGAGUUGUAAUCCAAGUAGCUGUUUGCAUCAUUCAGAAGUGAGGCAUACAAAUGUGACUGGGUUUACCACACCAACAGCUGUUCAUAUGUGUGGACCCGCGCAUACACACACCCACCAAACAAACACACACACACACGCAAACCUCCUCCACCUGCCCAUCCAGCGGCUGUUGAAGAAUGGCAUGCAAGCACUUCUGGUGUUUCUAAUCGCUCAGCUGUUCUAAAGUGUCUUGAGCUGAUCUCAUCUGCCUCUGAGUGCUCACACACACACACACACACGAAUGGCAACAUCUUACACAGACACACGUCUGUACAGAGGCACAGAGCAGCUGAAUCUGUAAUUACUCUCUGGGGUCGUGUGUGUGUGUGUGUGUGUGUGUGUGCGUGUGCACAAGCGUGGUUCGCUGCUUAGCAGCUGAACGCAAUGCAUCAUUUCACCAUGGCUGUAGCGUUAUCAAAUUGUGUGUGCGUUCAUGUGUGUGUGUGUGUGUGCGUGUGUGUGUUCAUGUGUACAUGCUACAAAAUGAAUUAUCUGACCAUGGCGUGUUGUUCUGCUGCGUGAAGUUGGUCAGCCAUCAGAAGAUAAACACUAACAGCUUGAUGUGAUUGGUCCCCCCCUUACACAUGCUCACUUAGGGGCAAGUGGGGGCCCUUGAUGAAGUUUGAGAGUCCUCACAUGAGAUCAUGUGAGAUUUUGUUUCGGAGGUUACUAUUAUACGUUCAUAUUUGUUUUCUCUGUCCUUUAGAAGGAUGAUGGUUUUUAUUGUUAUUUUCAGUUGUUAAACGGCUUCUCUUUCUUUGAUUAAUUAAAGCUACAGCAUCAAUA